AUGCUCAUUCUGUACGAUACUACAGAGCAACUGUCCCGUCGAGCCGCCGAAAAGCAGCGUACCAUCUCUGCUGCCAACAGCAAGCGUUGGACGGAUCACAAACCUUUGGUCGGGGACCCAACCGACGACACUGGAGCUCUGAACGACAAGCCUACGACCGGAGAACUCGAAGACUCAAGCAGCCAAGACGAUAAGCAAGCAAAGGACGAAGAUUUGACACCGGAAGCAUCCAGGACAGUCUCAGCCGGCGCCAACUUUCACGCACGCACACACCCUACGAGACCAGGAAGGGUCACAGCCUCGCUCUCGCUAUGCCAUCACGAAACCAUCGCUAAACGCCAUCCGCCUAGUGUUUCCGAGCGGGAGCUGAGAUCGAGCGACAGUUGA